UCCGCGGAGCCCGACGCGGAAGUGCUGGCGGGCGCCGGUUGCCGGCUCGGGCGGCGGGGCACGUUCUCGAGGGGUCGCACCUGGAGGCCCGGGGCCGUCCGCCGCUGGGCCUCGGAGCCGAUGCCGGCCGCGCCCCGGAGCCCCCGCCGCGGGGCCGCGCCAUGAGCCUGCUGGGCGGCCCGGCUUCGGAGCCGCUGCAGGCCGGCAGGGCCAGAAUGAAGAAGCCCCCGAAGAAGAGCCAGAACGAGAAGUACCGGCUCAAGUACCUGCGGCUGCGCAAGGCGGCCAAGGCCACGGUGUUUGAAAAUGCUGCUAUCUGUGAUGAAAUUGCUCGUCUUGAGGAAAAAUUUCUUAAAGCAAAGGAAGAAAGGAGGUACCUGCUGAAGAAGCUGCUGCAGCUUCAGGCUCUCACUGAAGGGGACGUUCAGGCCGCAGCUCUGCCCCACGGCUCCAGUCUGCCCCUGGCUUACGGUGUGGCCAGCACAGUAGGAACUCUACAGGGAGCUGGGCCCAUUGCAGGGCCCAGCUCUGGGGCUGAGGAACCAUUUGGGAAGAAAUCCAGAAAGGAGAAAAAAGAAAAAGGCAAAGAAAACAACAAACUGGAAGUUCUGAAGAAAACAUCCAAGAAAAAGAAAAUGGAGGCAGGUGCUCGCAAGCUGGUCCAGCCCAUUGCCCUGGAUCCCUCAGGACGGCCUGUGCUCCCCAUCGGACUGGGGGGUCUAACAGUAUAUAGCCUGGGGGAGAUCGUCACCGACCGGCCUGGCUUCCAUGAUGAGAAUGCCAUCUACCCGGUGGGCUACUGCAGCACGAGGGUCUAUGCCAGCAGCAAGUACCCUGACCGGAAGUGUCUCUACACCUGCCAGAUCAAGGAUGGGGGUGUGCAGCCUCAGUUUGAAAUUGUCCCAGAAGAUGACCCCCAGAAUGCCAUUGUCAGCUCUUCUGCGGAUGUCUGUCACGCAGAACUGCUCAAGACCAUCAAUGCAGCCAUGGGGAAACUCACGCCCAACCUGCUUCCGUCUGGAGCUGACUUUUUUGGGCUUUCUCAUCCCGCUAUUCACAGCCUGAUCCAGAGCUGUCCAGGAGCUCAGAAGUGCAUCAAUUACCAGUGGGUGAAAUAUGAUGUGUGCAAGCCUGGAGAAGAGCAACUGCCCCAGGGGGUCCCGGAGAAUGACGUGACUGUAAGCUUUGAAGCCUUUCCGAGACAGACUUAUGAGGAGGAUCCUGACGACCCAAUUCUACAAGGGCCCCUGGACCUCCCGGAACUGCAGCCUGCGGCCUUUGAGUCCUACCAGUUCCUGACGCCUGAGGCCCUGGGGGCGCCUGCUCUGCUCGAGCACCUGAAGUCUCCCUCGCACUGUGGCCCUCUCAGUCCUCCAACUGAAGGGAAGGGAUCCCCGACCCCAGCCUUCUCACUCUGACAGCCGUUGUGGAGUGACAAUGUGGACACACUGUGUCUGCAGCUUCCUGGGGGGACUGUCCUGGGGAGAAACUUCAGCCGAUUUAUUUUUAGGAAUAAAUUUCUUUGACGCUUGU